AUCUGUGUAUUAUAAAAUUCUGCAAGCUUAAGCUUAACGUGGACUUAAGUUCAAUCGACGCACAGCUCAAAGCCACAGUCGUCUAUGGGUCUUUGAAUCGUCUGUAAGGUGAUUGGUGGUGAAUUUUUCGGAAACUUAUAAGAGUGUUGUGAUUACUUUAUAUUAACUUUUUUUUUUUUGUGAUAAAUACGAUUAUUAUGGCUUUUAUACGUGAAGCAUUUCUUCUAGUAGCACUUUGUGCAGCUCUUGGUAGCACUUUAAAGUUACAAGAAAAAUUCGCAUGGAAACAAAUGCAUUAUGAUUGGCCAACACCUGAGGCCGAACAAGAAGCUAUUAAAACGGGCCGAUAUGUUCCGCACAAUAAUUUACCUUUAGGUGUUGAAAGAUGGCAAAAUAAACUUUUUGUCACAGUGCCAAGAUGGAGGUCUGGAGUUGCAUCAAGUUUGAACUAUAUUGACUUGAAUACCAAUGAAAAAUCACCAAAACUUCGUCCAUAUCCAAGUUGGGAAAUCAACACUUUGCCAAUUGAUGUUAAUCCAGCCGAAAUUGAAAAAAGAGCAGGAGGCCGUUUAGAUGCUGCUAAAGCUGAAGAAGUUGGUGAUGGUUUGAAGGACAAUGCAACAAUCAUCUCAACUUUCCGAAUUAAUGUCGAUGUUUGUGAUCGUCUUUGGGUCUUCGACACAGGUCUUUCAGAUAUUUUGGGAAAUCCAAAACAAGUUACACCCAAUGCUAUUGUUGUUUUCGACUUGAAGACCGAUAGAUUGUUGCGUCGUUUUGCCAUUCCCAAGAAUCAAGUUAAAGAAGCUACAUUCUUUGCCAAUAUUAUUGUUGAUGCAACCACAGAUGAUUGUGAUAAUGCUUAUGCUUAUGUUCCUGAUUUGGGAGCCUAUGGAGUUAUCGUCUAUUCUCUCAAUGAAGACCGUUCGUGGCGUGUAAAACACAACUUCUUCCAUUUCGAUCCACUCAAUGGUGAUUUCAAUGUUGGUGGAGUUAACUUCCAAUGGACUGAUGGUGUCUUUGGAAUGGCCAUUGGCGAUGUCAAGAAAGAUGCUACCCGUGAUGUGUAUUUCCAUGCUUUGGCCAGUACCAAGGAAUUUGUUGUUUCAAAUCGGGUUCUCCAAAACGAAUCACAUGCCUUGAGCAGUGAUGCUUACUAUGAUUACAAAUGUCUUGGUGAUCGUGGUGCUAAUGGACAAUCGACUGCUGAAGUUUAUGACAAAGAUACUGGAGUUAUUUUCUACACUCAAGUGAAUAAGGAUGCAAUUGGUUGUUGGAAUACAAACAAAGCUCUUAACCCUGAUACUCAAGGUUUGGUUGAUUCGGAUUCAAGUUUGUUGGUCUUCCCCAAUGAUUUGAAACUUGAUGCUGAUGGUAAUGUUUGGGUUCUUUCCGAUCGGAUGCCAACAUUUAUAUACAAAGAAUUGAAUCAUGAUGAGAUUAACUAUCGGGUUUUGACAGGAAAGAAUACUGAACUUAUUAAGGGAACUCCUUGUGAAGAAGAAGUUAAAGAGCAAUAACUUAGUUUGUAAUUUUUUUUAAAAAUUGUCUUUAGAUUUGUAAGUGUGUGAAUAAAAUUUUGAUUAUGA